UCUGACUGCGCCGCACCAUGCGCCUCAGCCUCUUCCGGCGCCUUCUCCUGGCCGCCCUGCUGCUCGUGAUUGUCUGGACGCUCUUAGGGCCCUCGGGCAUCGGGGAGGAGCUGCUGAGCCUCUCGCUAGCCUCCCUGCUCCCAGGCCCGGCCUCGCCCGGGCCACCCCUGACCCUGCCCCGCCUCCUGAUCCCCAACGAGGAGGCGUGCGGUGGUCCCGGCCCGCCGCCCUUCCUGCUAAUCCUGGUGUGCACGGCCCCGGAUAACCUGAACCAGAGAAACGCCAUUCGGGCCUCGUGGGGCCGGCUGCGCGAGGCCCGAGGGCUCAGGGUGCAGACUGUCUUUCUGCUGGGAGAGCCCAGCUGGGGCUCGCGCGGGAACGACCUGGCGCGGGAGUCAGCGGCCCAGGGGGACAUAAUGCAAGCGGCUUUCCAGGAUUCCUACCGCAACCUCACUCUCAAGACCCUCAGCGGGCUGAACUGGGCCAACACACACUGCCGCGUGGCCCGCUACAUCCUCAAGACCGAUGAUGAUGUGUUCGUCAAUGUCCCCGAACUGGUAUCAGAGCUGGUCCGGCGAGGAGGCCGCUGGGAGCAAUGGGAAAGGGGCAUGGGGCCCCCGAGAAAGGCGAGAGUUGGAGAUGAAAAGUGGGAAGGAGGCCCCACCUUGGCGAGCCAGCCCGUGCCUCUCUUGUACCUGGGCCGUGUGCAUUGGCGGGUGCACCCCUCUCGGACACCAGGGGGCAAGCACCAGAUAUCAGAGGAACAGUGGCCUCCCACCUGGGGCCCCUUUCCCCCCUACGCCUCAGGCACGGGGUAUGUGCUAUCGGCCUCUGCUGUGCAGCUCAUACUGAAGGUAGCCAGCCGGGCACCCCUUCUGCCACUGGAGGAUGUCUUUGUGGGGUUAAGUGCCCGACAAGGAGGCCUCGCCCCAACCCACUGUGUCAAGCUGGCUGGUGCCACCCACUACCCCCUGGAUCGGUGUUGCUAUGGGAAAUUC